UUUGUGCAGAAUCAUUAGUAGUUUCCAAGCCCUAGAAUUCUUUAAGAUGAAGUUUCUCUUCGUGGUUGCCCUUAUCGCACUGGCCAUUCAGGUGGCCUAUUCUGCAUCUUCCUCAACGACUACAACUACAACCGCUGCUACCACUACAACCACCACCACCGAUGCCACAACCACCACAACCGCCUCCUCCACCCACAAGAAGCGCUGUUGGAAGGGCAACAACUGGUGCCACACCCGCAUCCCCAAGAGGAAGUGCAAGCACCCGAACAGGUGCCACAAGACCAUCGUGAUUGUGACCCACAAGAAAGGUUAGGUGAAGAUGCCAAAGAAAUGCAUCACCCAAAAGUAUCUCGGAAGAAUUAAAUAAAUAAAUAUUCUAAAGUAA